AUGACGCGCUCCUGUGACCUCUGCCCCCUGAACGGCUGUCGUAAUCGCUGCCAAUCCUGUGUGCCCAUGGGCCCUCACCUCAUAAUCGGAUGGACCGAUCAGUUGCCGGUGCAUGUGCGAAUCACGCUCGCCCCUUUUUCUUCUUCGUCUUCUUUUGGGGAUGAUGAACGGGAUAAUUUAUCAGGACCUCGGAUCUUUACUCAUGUUGAUACAUGCUAUGGGCGCACAGCCCUCCGCUCUGCACGCAGAUGGGAGACUUUUGCCAAACGAGAGUCAUCCACCUACGCACAGCUGAAGUUCCUGCACCGUUGCCUUGAUGAGAACGUCUUGCCGAAAUGUCUCCGAUAUAGCCUGCCUGUGAUGACCGACCUUUGCCAGCGAACAAUGGCCGAAUUCAAGAAGAAGAUGAUCAGAGUUUUGAUUCAAGACUGCCACUCUCGCAUCCGUAAGUACCGACGAGAGAUAGAACAGCAUUUCUCCACGUGCCAGUCGAUAUUUACUGAACACGAGAUGAAAGUCCUGGAAGCGACCGUACUCAGUAGUGCACAUUGCCACCGCAGGUUGCGCGACAGCCAAUUGCUAAAGAAGUUCGAAAGAAUAAGUCCACCAACGCGGCCCCUUACUGAUAGUGUCCUGGUUCACAACUUCUCCUCUCGUCAUCUCACGCAGCAACAGCUGGCGGUUUUGUCCUAUGACACUAAAUUCAACACGAGAGAUGCUCGGCCAGAACACUUCAUCGCAUCCUUCGAGUCAGCGCUCCAGAAGUGUGAGGCAAACGAAGAGUGCAAAAAUUCCAUGCGGCAACAAGUGUCAACCCUUCUCCUCCGGCACAAACCUCAGAGGGCGAUUUCCGAAACUGAAGACCAAGAGCUUCUGAGAAUUCGGAAGAUGAGGGAUAUUGUCACCCUGCCCGCCGACAAGGGACGCUCGACUGUUGUCAUGGAUAAGACUGAUUACACGACGAAGCUGCAAAGUCUGUUGGAGGACGAAGGUGCUUAUGAGCUUUCGGAGACUGGAGAGUUCAAGAAGCACGUGAAUAGCGUAAACAGGGCAAUAGAUAAGUUGAGGAAGGCAGGAGCCCUAAAAAGAAAUGAGGCAUUGGCGGCAAAAGCCACAGAUGCCGCCAUGGCGCGUUUCUACGGCCUGCCAAAAGUGCACAAGACAGGAGUCCCCCUACGCCCCAUAGUCUCCCUACGCGGCACCCCGACCUUUGGACUCUCAAAAUGGCUUUACCAACGGUUUCGUUUCCUCACCGAGGGCUCGGAAUGGACGGUGAAGUCGGCUGAAGAAUUCCUGAAAAGCAUCAGAAACCUAGAAAUAGAACCAGAUGAGAUGAUGGUAUCGUUUGACGUGGUCUCAUUAUUCACGUCCAUUCCAACCGCCCUCGCCAUCAGCACAAUUGACGAGCUUCUUCAGGAAAAGUAUGAUGACGUUGACCAACAACUUAAGCGAACGCACAUCACUGAACUCCUGGAAUUGUGCCUCAGGACUUUCUUCACUUUUGGCGACCGGGUUAACGAGCAGAAGAAGGGAACUCCGAUGGGAUCCCCCCUGUCUGGGUUGAUCGCUGAGGCCGUUUUGCAGAGGCUAGAACGACUAGUCUUCCGUUCGUACUCCCCAAAAUUCUGGGCCAGAUAUGUCGACGACACAUUUGUCGUAAUCAAGAGGAACGACGUUCAGAACUUCAAGGUCUUACUGAACUCAAUAUUCCCCGACAUCCAAUUUACAAUGGAAGAGGAGAAUAACAACCAAUUGCCUUUCCUCGACGUGAAUGUUGCAAGGACGGUUAGUGGGAGGAUAAGAACUACGGUAUACCGUAAGGCGACGAAUACCAGACGCAUCCUCCAAUUCCGAAGUAACCACCCUAUUGGUCACAAGCGAAGUUGUGUGAGAACUCUCUUCCAACGAGUUCACACACACUGUAGCGACGACGACGGGAAAAAGGAGGAGACAAAAUAUCUACAUGCCUUAUUCACAGCCAAUGGUUACCCACGAUCCUUCAUACGUGAGUGCCGACGAAAGACUACCCGUCAGCGAUCAGACGGUGAGAAGCCGAAGUUUUGGCUGGCGAUCCCCUACGUGAAGAAUGUUUCCGAGGCGACAGCUAGAAUCCUAAACCCUUUUGGGAUUGGGGUGGCCCAUAAACCGGAAUCCACCAUCAGACAGCAGAUAAUGAGACCCAAAGACCCGCUACCGGCAACGGAACAAUCAGCAGUGGUCUACAGCAUACCGUGCCAAAAUUGCAAUGCACGGUGUGUUGGUGAAACGGGGAAACGCCUCUGCACAAGACUGCAUGAGCACCAGCUUGCAGUCAACCGCGAGGAUAAACUGUCACUGGUAUAUGGCCACAUGCAACAGGAGAAACAUAGUUUCGCCUUUGGGGAAGCAAGCGUCCUCAGUCGAGCCCAUGACAAGAUGGCUAGGCUGGUGCUCGAAAGCUGGUCCUCAGUUGGCACAAUCAACAGGGCUAUUGAUCUUCAUCCGGCCUACCAGGCGCUGAGGACAAGACUCCAGUCGGUCCAGACGGGGCCGACAGUACUGGCGAGCGAGUCGCGGCUCCUCCAACAGUUGUCACCUUCACAGCAGGGGGAAGGAGCCAGCCGGAGGUCACACGACGAACGCGAGACAUCGCCCCACCGGCGCGCCCAGACAGCCGAGCGUGAUUCGCACAUGCACCGGCAACUGAUCGGUCCAUCCGAUUAUGAGGUGAGGGCCCAUGGGCACACAGGAUUGGCAGCGAUUACGACAGCCGUUCAGGGGGCAGAGGUCACAGGAGCGCGUCAUUGGCCGCCUGCGGAGGAACCAAAGCCAAUCCCCAGCCAGAAGGCAGUUCAGAGUUCGUGCGUCAGGCAUGCUUAUAACACAAGACAGGCGGCGAGGCAGAACAACUUCGAGCAAGCAGGAAGAGACACCCCACCACUCUGA